AUGAUUACGACGACGACGACGAGAUUAGCUCAUCUCGAAACUGGUUCUGCCGCUGCUUCUUCGUCUCUCUCCAGAAGAAGAAGAAGACAAAGAGCGGCGACAAGAGUUGAGGCGAGAUGCAAAAGUUGUUUCGUGGCUCCGAGUACGGUUGCUCCUUUAAGAAGACAACAAAGACGAUGUGAUUAUGGAAGGACAAAAAGGAAGACGUUGCGACCACCGGCUGCGUUUAUAUUCUGGUCGCAGGAAGAUGAGUUGAGGAAACGGUUCAAGCAAAUCGCGACGGUCGUCGCGGACGAGCUCGCGAUUGCGUACAGCGGGAACAAAAACGUGAAGAGCAUUCGGAAAGGAAUACUACUCGUCGCGGAGUAUCCUUUAUUUUCGGUCGGUGUUUUGGUGGCUGGAAUGUCGGUCGCGGCGGCUAUGGCGAGCGCGGUUGCGGUGCCAAUCGCGUUAGCCGCGGUCGGGACGUUACUUCCGCUGAUUAUGUUUGCGUCGUUUGGGGCUAUAUUCGCCGCGACCGCGGCUGCGAUGGUGGCGUUGACCGUGCUCGGGCCUUUGUUGCUGAGCUUUUCAUUCUUCGGUGGCAUGAGUUUUGUCGCCGUGGCGGCGAAGGCGGCAAUAAUCGUGCCUUCGAUUAUAAUUGGGUCGACAAUUUGGGCGAUUGGGAGUUUCGGCUUAAAACGGAGUGCCGUAGGCGGCGCCGCCGGUACCGCGGACGAGGAAGCGAAAUUUGAGAACAUAAACGCAGUAGGCUCUCAAGACGACGACGACGUAAACGACGACGACGAGAGCACGAACGAGUUUGCGCGAACUAUACUGGACAGGUUUGAUCGCCAACUCUUAGGCGACGUCGAAUUAUGGGAUUCUGAGGAAGUUUCCGCGUGGUUAAAAAGCGAAUCGCUCGACGAAGCGGCUUCGAUCGCGAAAAGCGCAAAAAUCACCGGACGCCAGAUACUGAAAUAUAAAGACGUUCGAGAGUUGGAAUCUAUCUUUCAAAUAAAUUCUCCGAAAGACCAGAAGAAGUUCGAGAACGCGUUUAAAAGGUUGCAAAGACUCGCGAACGUGAAGUUAGAUUAA